AUGUACAUUUUGCUUCUAACACACAGAAAGAUACAUACAACAUGCAGAAAGUUCGAAACACAACACGAAGGAAAUGUUGCUUAUGAUACGAGAAAAGAACUGCUUUUUGCGACAUCAGAUAGAAUGAUGGCCUUUUGGGGUCUUAUGAUGUCGCUUGGCACCAUGGUGCAGGCUGAUCUGUUCACAUCCAUGGCAGAGAUGCAAAGCUUGCUGGAGUCUGAGAAAGCAGUUCCCACUCUGCUCUACAAGUACAUCGAAGAAGAGCAGAAGCGGCUCGUUCAACUCAAACAGCUUGCGAAGCAGUACCAGGAACGAAAUGAUGCAGCGCUCGAGACUGGCGCGAAGGACAUCAGCAACCCCAUCAACGCUUUCUUACUCAUUAAGAGAAAAAUCUUCGACUGGAAGGGACUCGAGAGGAAGAUGUUGAAUAAUAAGGCGGACGACUUUAUCGAACGUAUGAGCAAUUCCAAUUACGGGAUCCGCUACCCCACAGAGGAGGAUUUGACAGGAGCAGCUCUUGGCCUCCUAAGACUUCAGGAUACCUAUCGACUAGACACAGGGGACUUAGCUGAAGGGCGGAUCUACAAGGAUCAGGGAAACUACACAUUCGACGCUGGGGAUUGCUUCACGAUUGCAAAAGCAGCCUAUAACGAUGGUGACUACUAUCAUACCGUAAUAUGGAUGCAAGAGGCUAUGAAACGACUGGACGAGGAAGAUGUACCUACCGCGGAUCGUGAAGAGGUUUUGGAAUAUUUGUCGUAUGCGCUUUAUAAGCAGGGGAAUCUCAAGCACGCCCUCCAGCUUGUCGAAGAACUGCACAAACUCGACCCGAAACAUCCUCGAGCUAAAGGUAAUAUCAAAUGGUACGAGGAUCUUCUCGCUCAGGAUGGGGUCAAAAAAGCGGAUAUGAGACGCUCAUUGGGACGUAUCUCGAAUGAACGUCCUCUUAGUGUGUUGGGUAACGACGAACGCAGCAUCUAUGAGGCUCUAUGCAGGAAUGAAGUGCCCGUAAGUGAAAAGGAUAUUUCGAAGCUUUAUUGCUACUACAAACGGGAUAGGCCUUUCUUGGUGUAUGCCCCAAUUAAGGUCGAAAUCAAGAGAUUCAACCCGCUCGCUGUGCUUUUCAAAGACGUGAUUAGUGAUGAAGAAGUGGAAAUGAUCCAGGAAUUAGCCAUACCAAAGCUUGCCCGCGCUACUGUACAUGAUGCUGCUUCUGGAAAACUCGUCACUGCAACAUAUCGGAUCAGCAAGAGCGCUUGGCUGAAAGGAUGGGAACACGAGGUUGUGGAACGAAUUAACAAACGCAUCGAUAUGAUGACAAACCUUGAGAUGGAAACUGCAGAAGAACUACAGAUUGCCAACUACGGAAUCGGCGGCCACUACGAUCCUCACUUCGAUCAUGCUCGGAAGGAGGAGACCAAGUCGUUCGAAUCACUUGGGACUGGCAACAGGAUCGCCACUGUGCUCUUCUACAUGACUCAACCUGUUUACGGUGGAGCAACUGUGUUCACUGAGGCCAAAUCUACUGUAAUGCCCUCCAAAAACGAUGCUCUGUUCUGGUACAACCUUCAUAAGUUCGGAGAUGGCGAUCCAAGAACGCGACAUGCAGCCUGUCCGGUGCUUGUAGGAGUGAAAUGGGUGUCUAACAAAUGGAUACAUGAGGUUGGAAACGAAUUCCGUCGCCGCUGUGGAUUACGUAUGUCUGACGGAGAAAGGUUCGUUGGUGAUCUCGGCUUCGGAUCCGAACCCAGGACUUCUCCAAAUCUCAGUCCGGAUCUUUCCAAAGACGUGUUCAACACCAUCUAA